ACGUUGCUAGGCACCAUCACCAGGACGCCCACAGGCCCCACCCCUCUGGCCACGCCCCCGGGAACCAAGCAUUUUGAGCCGGAGGGAGGUAGAAAACUUUUAUUAGCUGGAGAGGUUGAGGCCUACAGCGGGGAAAGGACUUGCCAGAUUUUCGCCGCAAGUCAGGGCCAUAGCAGGGAGCAUAACAAGGCCUCCCAACCGAAGGUCAAGCAAGAGCUCCGAGCGUCCCACACAAGUCCCGAAGGGACACUGUGACGCCGCGCUACUGAAGGCGCCUGGGUUCCCGGACUCGGCCACCGCCUCGCCGCUUCCGCCCCUCAGAAGCAUGGCGGCCACGUAGCCCGGCCCGGAUUGGACGUUGGCGGUGGACGCCAAACAGUUGGCAACACGAUUGGCUGCUGCGGGGUGAUGACGUCAGGGGGCGGUGUCGGAGUGAAUGGGGGCAGCAUGAGGCCGGGCGGCUUUUUGGGCGCCGGACAGCGGCUGAGUAGAGCCAUGAGCCGAUGUGUUUUGGAGCCUCGGCCCCCGGGGAAGCGGUGGAUGGUGAGUGGCGUGGGGCGGCGACGUAGGGGCUCCCGGUCCCUAGCUUCAGUUCGGCCAUUAUGUCCCGGGAGCCGAGUGCCCCCAAAUUGCUGCUCUGUUUUCUUAACUGGUGGCUGGCCUGGGGAAUCCCGGACUGCCCGGCACGCGACACAGCGUGGGCAUGGCGGUGCUGGGGCAGCUGGCGCGGCGGCUGGGUGUGGCGGAGAGUUGGACGCGCGACCGGCACUGUGCCGCCGACCUCGCCCUGGCCCCGCUGGGGGAUGCCCAACUGGUCCUGCUCCGGCCACGGCGGCUUAUGAACGCCAACGGGCGCAGCGUGGCCCGGGCUGGGGCCACAAUGGAGUCCGUUCCUGCAUUAGCUGCCUCAACUCCAAUGCAAUGCCAAGGCUGCGGGUUGGUAUCGGGCGCCCGGCGCACCCUGAGGCGGUUCAGGCCCAUGUGCUGGGCUGCUUCUCCCCUGCUGAGCAGGAGCUGCUGCCUCUGUUGCUGGAUCGAGCCACCGACCUGAUCUUGGACCACAUCCGUGAGCGAAGCCAGGGGCCCUCACUGGGGCCGUGACACUAGUGGCCAUGGCUGCCUGCCUGACUGUAGUGCCCACCAACCCAGCCACUGCCACAGAGCUGCCACGCCAGCCUUGGUAUCUACUUUUUAUACAAAUCUCCUCUAGACUGUUCCAGGCUGCCUGCGGAUUAAAGUGGGGGUGACUGUGA